CAGCAUGCGUUGGCGUGGAGUAUAGAAGAGGCUUAAGUCGAGCACAUCGAUCUUUCAAACGAGAUACUAAACCCAACUUGUAGUGAGCGACAAGAAACCGUGGACUAAAGAGAUCUUCAGGGGAACCAGAAAAUAAUAGGAUUUUUUAUCGAGUUGUAACAAAGUCUAAUUCAGUUAACGAACAUGAUCGAGACAAGCAACAUGUGAACCGUUAACCAUGAAAAGUGACAACUUGAAUCCAAUAGUAAAAUUUCGACCAUGAGCGGACGCGUCCCUCUGUCUAUCCUUGGCCUGGCCCUGAUGGCGUGUCUCCUCUCAAAUGGAGUGUCCGGGGAAGAGAAGCGAAGCGGGUCGAUGGCCGGUGAGGGUCAGGACCACAAGAGGAUGCUAGAUAGAAUAGGCAGUGGUUUGCUGAAGAGAAACGGUGAUGGGGAACAAAAGCGAAUGUUGGACAGCAUAAGUGGUGGCCUCCUCAAGAAACGCAUGCUUGACAGUAUAGCCGGUGAUUUACUUAAGAGGUCUGGCGACGACCAGAAACGUAUGCUGGACCGUGUGGGAGGUGGUUUACUCAAACGAGAUGAGGAGAAACGUAUGCUGGACCGUGUAGGAGGCACUUUACUCAAACGAGAUGAAGAGAAACGUAUGCUGGACCGUGUUGGAGGCAGUUUACUCAAACGAGAUGAGGAGAAACGUAUGCUGGACCGUGUAGGAGGCAGUUUACUCAAACGAGAUGAGGAGAAACGUAUGCUGGACCGUGUGGGAGGUGGUUUACUCAAACGAGAUGAGGAGAAACGUAUGCUGGACCGUGUAGGAGGCACUUUACUCAAACGAGAUGAGGAGAAACGUAUGCUGGACCGUGUGGGAGGCAAUUUACUCAAACGAGAUGAGGAGAAACGUAUGCUGGACCGUGUGGGAGGCAAUUUACUCAAACGAGAUGAGGAGAAACGUAUGCUGGACCGUGUGGGAGGCAGUUUACUCAAACGAGAUGAGGAGAAACGUAUGCUGGACCGUGUGGGAGGCAGAUUACUCAAACGAGAUGAGGAGAAACGUAUGCUGGACCGUGUGGGAGGCAGAUUACUCAAACGAGAUGAGGAGAAACGUAUGCUGGACCGUGUGGGAGGCAGUUUACUCAAGCGAGAUGAGGAGAAACGUAUGCUGGACCGUGUGGGUGGCAGAUUACUGAAAAAAAGAUGGUUAGAUCACGUCAGUGGGAGUCUUCUCAAAAAACGAAUGCUCGACCGGAUCGGAUCAGGCCUCCUCAAAAAGAGGCUGAUGGACCCAAUUGAAGAGGGUCUACUAAAGAAAAAGGAUGCUGCUAGCAAUGAUGGGGAACGCCGAUACAUUGACUCGCUGUCCGAUGAUUUGCUGCGCAGACAGGAACUGAACGAAAUCAUCAAGACACGACACAUUGAUCCAAUCAACGCCAACCUUCUCCGCCGCCAUCUUGACUCCAUUGACAACGAUCUGCUCCGCCGCCGAUACGUUGAUACCCUGGGGAGUGAUCUCCUGCGCAGAGAGGAAGCAAAGGACGAGGAAUCGGCCGAUGAAAAAGAAGAAUAAACAACGAAUGUCACUGUUUGGAAUUCCUCUUGUGCCUGAUUUGGUAAAAUCAAAAAGUUUUCGAUUGGAUAUUUAGUUUAACAAGCCGUCAAUAGGUGUCGCUGCGAUUCGUAAAUUGAGCGCAAAUCGUGCUUUAAAGAGUUGCGCUCCAUGUGAUUAAUAACAUUAUGUGAUUUUAAACUUGAGUGAUAGUUGGGUCUUCCGAAAGGCUUCGUUUUCAAUUGACCUGGCAAAUAACAGGCACUUCAUCUUGGCUCGUGACGUCAGAAAUAGAGUCCGGUCGCAGCGCAACCUAGAAGGAGACCCUAGAAUCACACUUCGUUUAGCUUUGUGCCAAACGCUCAUGAACAGCGGCUUUGUUUGUAUUUUGUCGAUGAAGGUUAAGUUUGCAUCAAAAAAGACUGACACUCGGUUGAAUAGACCUGAAAGAGAGAAAGGCCUCCCAGAAUGUUCAUCUGGAGGGGGAAGGCCAUUUUGAAACACAGUCAGUUUAUUUCAUGGGGUCAUUGGUGAAUUAGCCUUCCUUAGAAAUGUUGUGCUCAAAAAGCAAUAGCGGCCGAAAACGAACUUUUCUUCAAGAAUGACAUCAGCGACGUCACUUCCAUGCUAUCAAUAGAGUUUACAUUUUUGCAUUAAUUGAUGAAGCAUCAGUUUAUGAUAUCGGGCACGAAAGGACAACGGAUAAAGAGGGAUAAGUGUUGAGCACCUUCACAAGAAAAUCCCCCAUAUUCCCUCACCGCUUCACUGCUUUACCUAACGAAACAAUGGUCAGAGGAUGGGCUUUGGCAAACCCCUUGAGAAAAUGCCCCUUCCAUGGUGAUGUUGUAAGGAUAACAAAAACAUCAACAGUAGGAACAAUAUGAACAAAACUUUGUAGUGAACAUUUGGAAGUGUAGGACUGACGAUCUCAUAAUAGCGAUUUUCUCUCUCCUCUUCCAGUAUUUAGGAGGCAAUCAUGCAUUCGCCAUUUUCCUCAUGGCAAGAAUUUGAAACCCGGUAUUGACCAAUCAUAAAACAGGUAUGAUACCAUUGGCCAAUACCUGGGUAUGAGUCCAGAAUUCAUGCUUCCGGACAAUGUCGAGCAAAUGACCAACUCUUCAUAAAACGCGAUCUUUCUUUUCAGCGGAAUUUCCGUUGC